GAGAAAGAGAGGGACAGAGCCAGAGACAGAAAAACACGCACACACGCACACAGAGAAAAAGAACCCCUGUCCCGACACAGACAGGCAGAAACAGAGCAGGGUGAACCCAGAGGAAAGGAGGAGAGAGGUGGGGAAACAGAGCCAGGCAGGAAGGGACAAAAAGGAGGGAAUCAGAGACAGAGAGGGGGAGACUCAGAAACACAGAGACAAGAGGCCAUUGAGGGAAGGGCAUUUAGAAUUAGGGACUGGUCUGAUUGCCCGGGAAUCACCCAGAAGAUCCUGGUAUGGAGUGUGGGGAUGCAGAAACCCCGGAGAGAGGGGGGCUGGAACUCGAGGAGGACAACGCGGUCAUCUUGGAGCGGCUGAUGGAGCAGACGGCCCGGGAGCUGACCACCGUGCGACUUCGAGCUGCUUACCGCCUGCUCAGGGACCUGGGCAGCGGCUCCUACGGCCGCGUCCUGCUGGCUGACCCUGCGUCCCUUCCUCCAGGUUCCGCCGGCCGGCCCCCUCCUGCGGCCCUGGCCCUGAAGCUCCUCCCCAAGGCCUCCACGCCCUUCACCUCCUUCCUGCGUGAAUUCACGGUGGGUCGCUGCGUCUCCUCACACCCAGGGCUGCUGCGGACCCUCCCCCCGCCCUUGGAGACCCCGAAGCUCUACGGCUUCAUGCAGGAGCUGGCGCCCCACGGGGACCUCAGCUCCCUUCUCGAAGAUGGGAAAGGCCUCCCGGAGCGGUGGCUGAAGCGGGUGGCCGGCCAGCUGGCAGGGGCUCUGGACUUCCUCCACGGCCACGGCCUGGUGCACGGCGACGUCAAGCCCGACAACGUUCUGCUCUUCGACGCCAGCUGCCGAAGGGUCAAGCUGGGCGACUUUGGGCUGAGCCGGCCUGAGGGGGCUCCGGCCGCCGCCCCCGUGGGCCCCCUGCCCUCCGCGCCCCCCGAGCUCUGCCUGGUGCGCCCGCCGGACACGCUGGCCCUGGACCCCUCGUUGGACUCCUGGGGUCUGGGCGUCUUGCUCUUCACGGCAGCCACCGGCCGGUUCCCCUGGGAGGUAGCCCUGGCCCCUGACCCAGCGUUCGAGGCCUUUGCCACCUGGCUGAACGCCUGGCCCCCACAGGAACCUCCCCUUCCCUGGAGCGGCUUUAGCCCUGCGGCCCUGACCCUGUUCCGGGGCCUGUUGGCCCUCGACCCCGAGAGACGUCGCCCGCCCCUGACCGUGUUGGAAGCCCUGGAGGCCGACUGGGGUGUGGAGCGGGGAGGGGAAAGCGGGGGCGAGGAGGAGGAGGAGAAGAGGAAGGAGGAGGAAGAGGACUUAGGGGAUGGAGAGUCCAGCUUGGAAGAGUGGACUGACGAAGAGGGCACGGGGGAAGGGGACAAGACAACAGUUCCCCCUCCUCUGCUGAGGGCUGAAUCUGACAGGCGUCCUGAAUGGUAGCCAGCAGGUAACUCCCCUCCUCCUCCACAAUCUCCCUCUCCCCCCACCACACAUCACGAGGGCCAGCUGGGCAGGAGAGAGAGCAGCUGGGCAGGAGAGAGCGUCAGACGGCCAUGACGGAUUUCACCUGCACCCCAAACCACUCCUUUGGCAAGUUCCUUGAUAGUCACCUGCCUAGCAAGGCCUCUUCUUCUCUGUGCCUCAGUCUCCCCAACCGCCCCCCAACCCUGUAAGAGGGUCAAAGUCUCAAGGAGGGACAGAGAAGGAGGUGCCUGGGAAGAGGUGAGAGGGGACGCAGCGUGUUUCAGGUGUGGGGAUUUUUUUUUAUAAAUUAAAGAUUUUUUUGAGAGA